CCCCAAAGGGAGAAUAACCAGGGACUUAUAUCAUGCAGCAGAAGAGCAAAUUAUUUCUCCAAGCUUUCAAAUAUAGUAUUCCUCACCUUGGGAAAUGCAUGCAGAAACAGCAUGUGAAUCACUGUAACUUCGCUGACCAUUAUUACAAUAGAAUAAAGUUGAAAAAAUAUCACCUAACAAAGUAUCUGCAGAAUAAGGCCAAGAUAUCAGAGUUAGCAAGAAACAUCCCAAGUCGGAGCUUCUCGUGUAAGGAUUUUCUGCCUGUUAAACAAGAAAAGGAAAAACCCCAUCCAGAAAACAUGGAUGCAUUUGAAAAAGUGAGAACAAAGUUAGAAACACAACCACAAGAAGAAUAUGAAAUCAUCAAUGCAGAGAUUAAACAUGGUGGUUUCGUUUAUUAUCAAGAAGGUUGCUGCUUGGUUCGUUCCAAAGAUGAAGAAGCAGACAAUGAUAAUUAUGAAGUGUUAUUCAAUUUGGAGGAACUUAAAUUAGACCAGCCCUUCAUUGAUUGUAUCAGAGUUGCUCCUGACGAGAAAUAUGUAGCUGCCAAGAUAAGAACUGAAGAUUCUGAAGCAUCUACUUGCAUAGUUGUGAAGCUCAGUGAUCAGCCUGUAAUGGAAGCUUCCUUCCCAAAUGUGUCCAGCUUUGAAUGGGUAAAAGAUGAAGAAGAGGAAGAUGUUUUAUUCUACACCUUCCAGAGGAAUCUUCGCUGUCAUGAUGUGUAUCGAGCCACUUUUGGUGAUAACAAACGUAAUGAACGUUUCUACACAGAAAAAGACCCAAGCUAUUUUGUCUUCCUUUAUCUUACAAAAGAUAGCCGUUUCCUCACCAUAAAUAUCAUGAACAAGACCACUUCUGAAGUGUGGUUGAUAGAUGGCUUAAGUCCGUGGGACCCACCAGUGCUUAUCCAGAAGCGAAUACAUGGAGUCCUUUACUACAUUGAACACAGAGAUGAUGAGUUAUAUAUUCUCACUAAUGUUGGUGAACCCACAGAAUUCAAGCUCAUGAGGACAGCAGCCGAUACUCCUGCUAUUAUGAAUUGGGAUUUAUUUUUCACAAUGAAGAGAAAUACCAAAGUCGUAGACUUGGACAUGUUUAAGGAUCAUUGUGUUCUAUUCCUGAAGCACAGCAAUCUGCUUUAUGUUAAUGUGAUUGGUCUGGCUGAUGAUUCAGUUCGGUCUCUCAAGCUCCCUCCUUGGGCCUGUGGAUUCAUACUGGACACAAAUUCGGACCCAAAGAACUGCCCCUUUCAGCUUUGCUCCCCCAUCCGUCCCCCAAAAUAUUAUACAUAUAAAUUUGCAGAAGGCAAACUGUUUGAGGAAACUGGUCAUGAAGACCCAAUCACAAAGACUAGUCGUGUCUUACGUAUAGAAGCUAAAAGCAAGGAUGGAAAAGCAGUGCCGAUGACCAUCUUCCACAAAACGGAUUCUGAGGACUUGCAGAAGAAGCCUCUCCUGGUACACGUAUAUGGAGCUUAUGGAAUGGAUUUGAAAAUGAAUUUCAGGCCUGAAAGGCGGGUCUUGGUGGAUGAUGGAUGGAUACUGGCAUAUUGCCACGUUCGGGGUGGUGGUGAGUUAGGCCUCCAGUGGCAUGCUGAUGGCCGCCUAACUAAAAAACUCAAUGGCCUUGCUGACUUAGAGGCUUGCAUUAAGACGCUUCAUGGCCAAGGCUUUUCUCAGCCAAGUCUAACAACCCUGACUGCUUUCAGUGCUGGAGGGGUGCUUGUGGGAGCAUUGUGUAACUCUAAUCCAGAGCUCCUGAGAGCUGUGACAUUGGAGGCCCCUUUCCUGGAUGUCCUCAACACCAUGAUGGACACUACACUGCCUCUGACCGUGGAAGAACUAGAAGAAUGGGGGAAUCCUUCUUCUGAUGAAAAACACAAGAACUACAUCAAACGUUACUGUCCCUAUCAAAAUAUUAAACCUCAGCAUUAUCCUUCGAUUCACAUCACAGCUUAUGAAAAUGAUGAGCGUGUACCUCUGAAAGGAAUUGCAAACUACGCUGACAAACUCAAGGAAGCUGUCGCAGAGCAUGCUAAGGACGCUGGUGAAGGCUAUCAGGCCCCCAAUAUUGUUUUAGAUGUUCAGCCUGGCGGCAAUCAUGUGAUUGAGGAUUCUCAUAAAAAGAUUACAGCCCAAAUUAAAUUCCUGUACGAGGAACUUGGACUUGACAGCACCAGUGUGUUCGAGAAUCUUAAGAAAUAUUUAAAAUUCUGAAAUGCUGCAUUCAAGAGGAAUUGGAAACACACCGAAAUAUUUCAGUUCUAUGUCCAGUUGAGUUAGCAAAA